AUAGAACCCGCGGAAGUUACUCUGCAGCCAGCAAAUCCGGCCAAACGCAUUCAGCCUUUAGAUCUGUUGAAGAGGUUUCACAAGAGGGGAAUAAAUUGUCCUGACGGCAGGUCAUCGUGUUCAUCUGGUGACUCAUGCUGUCUCAUGUCUUCUAAUGGAUACGGGUGGUGUCCACUUACUAACCCCGUUUGUUGCAAUGAUGGGGUCCAUUGCUGUCCGGAGGGUUACAGCUGUGGUUCAGGCGGCGACUGUUACAAAUAAAGAACCAGUCAUCAAUCUGGUCAUAGAAUUAUAGGAAUAAGUUGUGGUUUUUGGUUUUAUUAAAUCAGAGGGUUUCUUUUCGACUCGAAGACGACCUAAGUGGGGUUAUUUAAACUUUGCAAUUGUUUAACCAUCACACAUGCGCACAAAUAAAAAUUGGAUGAUUGUAAAGGUCAUGGAAAUAAAACAAAUGUUUCUCAGUUUAGCUUAUUAAUUUUCUUACAGAAAUGUUGACCCACAAGUGCGAACUCCUUUCCACUUGUCAUGAAAAUAGGAAAAUGCGAUAAAAAGCCAAUAAAGAGGACAUUUAUGACUAAAAAGCGUCGGUAGUCUUAAAGGGGCUAUGUCAUUAUGACUGUGGUUUAACCCUUUAAACACUAAUAUCAAAAUUGAGAUUCUCAUUUACCCUCCCUAUACUUUUUCAAUAGAAGUAGUAGGAAAAAUUUGUUGAAAUAUCAGUUAGACUUAUCUUCCUUGAUCAUGUAGUCAAUUCUCAUGACUAAUCUGUUGUCUAAAGCAUUGAUAUUAAAAGGAGAAAUUUCAUGUUUAUCACUCUUGGUCCUUGAAGGGUUAAGAAGGAAUCCAUCAGGAAAUUGAGUAAUUUUAAUUUUCAGUAGACAAAAACCUUGUACCAGAAUAAUGUAAAUGAUAUCGCAUUUUUUUACAUUUUUCAAGGGCUAUAGAUGUAAUUAAGUAUCUGUAACAACACCAAAGCCCUUCAAUUCGGGGAACCGGACCCUGUACUGAGUCACGACAGAAGUUUGCUUCCAAUAAAUUUGUUUGCGAAAAAACAGCCCUUCGGAUAAAUGACCCGCUUCACAUCUUGUAAGUGUUCUAAUUAACCUAUUAAACACUCUCGCUUGUUAUGUAUUAAAUGAAACUUUUAAUGAAAAGAAAAGAGGGCAAUGUGUGGACAGUGACUCAUUGGGUCCACAGUUCUCGCCGAUUUCUUUAGCUUUCUAUUUUUGUUUGCAAAAGAUUCUGUUUUGCUUGCGCUUAGCAAGAGCUUUUUCUGACUUAGAAGACUGGCAUCGAUCUCGCAGUUUCCUGACCGUCGUUGCUCUCCACCAUCCGCAAGAUGAAUUUCCAUUUUUGCUUUCACGUUAUUGUUUUUAUGCGCUGGAUGCUCAUGUAAAGUACCCGAGACUACUAAAGAACAGGAAACUACUCUGCAGCCAGAAAAUCCUGUCAAACACAUUCAGCUUAAUAUAGAACUGAACCCGCGGAGCAUUCCAUGGAAGCUACUCUACAGUCAGUAAUCCCUGUCAAACGCAUUCUGCACAAUAGAGAACCCCCCGAGCAUUCCAUGCCGGAAACUACUCUGCAGCCAGCAAAUCCUGCCAAACGCAGUCAGCUUCUAGAUUGGUUGAAGAGUGGGAUUCACAAGAGCGAAAAAAAUUGUCCUCAACGCGUAUCAUUGUGUUCAACUAGUCAAACAUGCUGUCGCAUUUUUAAUGUGUUUUUUUUUCUCUGACAUAUAUGUCGUGAACAGAAAAACUAAAAGUUGUCAAGACCAUUUUUCCAUCUCGUAAAAGCAGGCAUUCCUUUCCCCCUCUAGUCUCCCCUCGUUUUUUUUCUUCGUGAAUUGUUCUCCGGCACUCUAUCAUCUGAACGCCUGGAACAGGCUGUGAAUUUACCCGUGAGAGUGGUGAGAGCGCUUUUUGUCUACAAAUGUAAAUUAAGUCUUGUGUAACUUUAUUUAGCUGACAUACCCAUAAAUGAGCUUAAAACUAAAUUUAAUAGUUUUUUUACAGAGUGGUUUCAAAUACAAGAAGAGAUAAACAAAUGCGUUCAAAAGUUUUAUUUUUCGGCAGGUAAUAAACGUAACCGCCGUUCAGUCACUUGCGCGCCAAAAUUAUUGUAAUCGUUGGCAGCAAUAAUUAAAGAUUUCAAACAUCAUCAUAUUUUUGCUCAGUUGUCUCACUGUUUUAUUAUAUACUAAAACAACUAUUCACCUCAGUCAAUACUUACCUCCGCGAAGCGGCCAGGGAUUUUUUAUACCCACCACUAGCCAAUGAUCGACAAUAACAAGGAGGUGAAUAACUGAGUUCAAUUCACCUUCCCUUUGGGGGAUAGUUGUAUAGUAUAAUAUAUUAUUUUCUUAAAGAAUAGUGACCCUCCCGUUUCAACUUCCUCUCUCCGUUUACUUAUCCCGUGCCCGUGAAAGAGUGAUUUUGUGUAAACAAAGCCCUCCUCUCACAUUCUACCCCAUUUUAUCACACACAGAGUCACACACACACCUUAUUGGCCUGAUGGAUGAUUUCGUGCAAAAAUCUGCGUUGUCAUUGCUACCCGAUAGCUACCUUGAAGAAAAGUUAUUAACCCCUGCCUCUUUCUGGAGAAUUAACUUGACAUCUCUUCCGGGAAAUGCUCAAAAAUAGCAGUUCCCUGCCCUAUUCAGCCCUCUCACCUGUAAGUGUUUACUUGUAGGUUCAAGUUAUUCAGAGCGUCCCAGCCCUGUUUCUCAUAGAGUGAAAUAACUUAUUCGUAGCAUUAGAAAUUCAGUUUGUAGAGCAUGCGCGAAUUUAAAAAAGCGUUCAUUCAUAGUUAUAUGACUCUGCAACUGUCAGAUGUCAUUAAAAACUGAGUCAUUGGAUAAUGCUGAUUCUAGAGCUUUGAUUGGCUUAGCCAUCAUGGUAUAUGAGCCAUUAGUAAAAUCCAACUAAUGGUCUAUUGUCAAUGCUGCGUUCUGAUUGGUUGAGCUACUACUAGGCUAUAUGUUAUAGCCCACUAGUAGCGAAAAUCGCCGGCUUUGAAAACCAAAACAAUGGGGGCUGAAUCACGUUUUGCUAGCUAAAGUUGUUUUGUCUCUAUAUUUUUGACUAACUAUUGGAUUUUACUAAAACAAUUAUUCCUGAGUCAAUUAGCUUAUGUGGCCGAAUUAGAGCCCAUUGAGGCUCGAGGAAUAAUUAUUGUUAAUUAGAACUUAGUCUUUUUACUGUAAGCUCUUUAGUUAAAACUUUCCUAAACUCUUGUGGUUCAUUUAACUUGAGCAGAUCAAAUCGCUUUUUAUUUUGUUCCACAAAAACAUACUCCGGAUGCUGAGUGCUUAUCAUACAUGUCCGGUUCAACAACUCGUUCACUAACAUUCAAUGAUGAUCCCUGUGUGAGAUGACCGAAAGACCUCUCACAAUGAGUGGCCAAAUCAACCGGGGCGACAAAAAAACAGUCCGACAAAAAGAGUCCACAAAACACCCUCCAAAUUGAAGCAGUUUACUUCGAUGCAAAAUUUAUAGCCUAAAGAUUUCAGGCUUCCAGCUGCCGUUUCCACCCACCCAAAAUACCAUUUAUCCAUCUACUACUUGCCACGUGGCGUUGUCAUGUCUGUUACCCCCAAUUAAUGGGCUGUGGAACUUGACGUUCACGAAAAGUCUUCUUCCCAAGCAUUAUACCACACGUUACUAACAGCUAAAACGAAUUUUGAAAACCUGUUAGGCUAAAACAAGAUUGUCCAUCCGCGCCUCCUUUGGUAUUUGCUGUAUAACCAAUACCUACUCAGUUUAAUGAUUUGAGCGAUGCGUUUCCUGUUUUACUACUCAAUUUGGUGUCAGUCCCUACAGUUAAAAUGUUUUUAAAAUUCGUGACACUGUCCGGGGGUACUUUAGGAAUUUCUGGGUGGGGAUGUGCCGCUGGGACCCUGGAACCCUUAACCUAUACCAGAGCUAGUUCAGCUGAAUUUUGCUACCCUAUACUAGAGUAAUCUCCCCAAAUCCCCCUUACCCUAGAGUAGCUCUUUCCCUCGUCUAGAUAAAAUCUUCAACCAAAUCCCUUUGGUCUUAAUCCUUUAGUGCAUGAUUAUUGUAUAUUACACAGAUAACGUUAAAAAUGUCUUCACUAUUAAAAAAUUUCAGGAUAUUCCAAAAUGACGAGGCAGCAUUGAUCACGCACCAUUUGACCCACGCUUAAUUUAGAGGGCCAAAUUCUAAGUGGCAGCAGUAUCGGAUUGAAUGCCCUGCUUUUUAUCCGUUUCCGAUUAACUCUUCCAAAUAAAUACUGAGAGUAAUCGUUUUUAAUCACAUUAAAACGCUUACCAUCGGCUCCCUCAGAGAGCCACAUAAAUGUCUGUCCGCUUUUCAAGACUAACCAAAUCAAACCGCAAAACAAACCGACAAAUUGCUCGUUCAAUCUUUAACGUUAGUAUCAUAUUUUAAUUUUUUUUUUUCAAAUCCUUUACUUUAACCCCUGGCUCAAUGAGCCGGAUAUUUCUUGCUACGUAAUAUCUCUUCAGUUCAAGUUGUCAAACCCAGCCAAUCGAAAUAUAGGUGCUUAG